AUGCACCUCAUCGCUCAAUCCAAGUACCUCUAUGUGAAUGGGAUCAACGGAAACACCCUUGGUGGAACCAUGUUCAAUGCCAGCUGGCGCAAGGAUUACACGAAAAACAAAAUCCUCGGCAUUUCUGCGGCAGUUCCCAAGAUUGCAGGGAAUGAGGAACAUUACUCCCUCCUUCAAGAACAAAUGAAAGACCAUGAAGCCUUUCUUGCUACUUGA